AUGGCGGCUCCAAAGACAAGGGCAUCGUGUAAUAAAACCGAAGCUCCAGACAUAGUUAAAUUCAGGGAAGAAAUGCGGACUCUCAUUAAAGAUGAAAUUGCCAAAUCGCUAACAAGUGAAACGAUGACUAAAGUGAUGUCUACUCUCGUAAAAGACGCACUCAAGGAUGAGUUGGCCGCCAUUGUAAAGCCUAUUCAAGACACAGUCCAAAGACUCUCGAAGGAAAAUAUUGACCUUCGCUUGGCUAAUGAUAAGAUGAAGAAAGAUAUUAACUAUUUGAUGCUAAAAACGAAUGCUAAUGAACAAUACUCGCGUAAAUACAAUAUUCGCAUCGGUGGAAUCAAAGAAGACCCAGAAGAGGACUGCUAUGAAAAAGUAUCUACAUUUUUUCAAAGCAAGCUUGGGUUAACAAUUGAAAAUUCAGAAUAUGAUCGUAUUCAUCGAGUUGGCAAGCGUGGGAGUAAAGACCGCCAAAUAAUUGUAAAGUUUAAGAGUUACCGAACCAAAGCAGAAGUUAUCAAGCAUCGCAGUAAGCUUAAAGGGGCCGCAGGAUUAUUUAUAAAUGAAGACUUUACUGCUUACAAUUUAGAUCUCUAUUAUGAAGCACGCGGUGCGUCUUUCGUUGCUGCAACAUGGUCGAGUGACGGAAAGGUGUUUGUGAAGCUACCUGAUGAGACUACCCACUUAGUACGCUGCAAAGAAGACAUUCAAAAAUUAGAAACGGUUCAGGAUGAUGUAAAUUCCUACGAAGACUAG